AUGGGUUUCUUGGAUAUUUUUUAUGUAGCAACAUAUUAUGUCAUAGGUUUGCCCUUGAGUUUAGUUCAUGGGAGGAGCCCAUCACUGCAAAGAAGUGAAGAAGAAGAAAAUCCCCUAUAGCAUUAACCCUUCCGGUAAGUCUCCUCCCUGAAGCCUAUAUAAUGACAGCAGAAAUGAACCCCAAAUCAUGCACUUCUCAGCUCUAAAGAAACAUCCUUCAAAGAAGCAUUUUUCUGUCCACUCGGAAAUCCACUGAGCCGGCCGUGCGUUUACUUCCCCGAGGGUCCACUUUCCUGCAGCGUUUCUCCGUCUUGUCCAGCAGCAUGAGUCCUCAACUCCUGUCCGUCUUGGUCCUGCUGUCUUCCGUCUUCUCUGCAUGGUGCAUUCCACUGUGCCACGACCAGUGCUGCCGCUUCGUGGAGGAGUUCCCCGUCAGGGUGCAGAGGCUCAGGGAGGACUACAGGAGGAUCAGAGGUUUCUAUGAAUCAAACGAUGACUUGGACAACGCACUGUUAGACCAGAGCGUCGAGGACGCCUUUAAGAGCCAGUUUGCCUGUGAAGCCAUGAACAGCAUCCUAGAGUUUUACCUGAGCACGGUUCUGCCGUCUGCGGUGGCCAGCGUGACCUCAGACAACAGUCUGAAAACUCACGUGGAGUCCAUACAGCAGAUUUUUGAUGAGCUGAAGAGAGACGUCCACAGAUGUAGAAAAGUCUUCAAAUGCAAGAAGCCAUUUGAUAUCAGAAGCCUAAAUUCAACGUAUACUGAGAUGGAGAGUAAAGGUGUGUUUAAGGCCAUGGGGGAGCUGGAUCUGUUGUUCAACUACAUUGAGACGUACCUGGCAUCUCAACGGAAGAGAAACUCUCAAUGAAGACCAGCUGACUUUAACGAAGAUUAUUGUUACUGUACAUUCCAGAACUAUGAAUGUAACUAUAAACCUGCUGAAGUGUUGUCUGUUCUUCACAGACGGUUGUUUUCCUGUUUGUCCCAAGGACAAGUUUGUGUUCAAGAACCAUGUUCUGUCAUGCUCAAAGAUAGAAUAAUUUUAUCUACAGUACAAAAACUAUUUAUUACUCUUUGUAAUAAAUACAAGAACAUAUUAUUUUAUAUUUAUUUUAUAUUUAUUGCACUUUCUACUUUUUCAUAGAA